AUGCUGGAUCCUCUUAUUCUCUUGCAUUCUAACACAAAGAAAACCCAAAGAAAGGCAAAUUAAGAAGAAAGGAGGGAAGUUCGUAAGCUUUUUUUCUCUUUCUGUUUCUCAGAAGAAAAGAAAAGGGAUCUAGAUGGGGAAUUGCAUCGGCCAUCAGAAGGCGGUGACGUGGGUGGACGACGAUGAUUGGGAGUCGGCUGAGAGUCCCAUGCAUUGUUCUAGAAAGGAGGAGGCUGGAGAGGUGGUGGGGAAGGAGAAGGGAUUGUUGGAGGGGAAAGGAGGGGUGGGUUCGACGGAAGUGAAGGUGAAGAUUAGCAAGAAGCAGCUGGAGGAGCUGCUGCAAAGAGUUGAGGGCAAAGGGUUGCCAAUCCAACAGGUACUGACAGAUCUAUUGAGCAUGGGUGAGGUUGCUCUUCGAGAACGUGAGCAGCACUGGAGACCGGCCCUGCAAAGUAUACCGGAGAUUCCGGAGUAGAAAGGGAUGGAAGGCUUCAUGAUGCUGUUGCUGCUGUUGAUGGUGAUGAUGAUAAUUUUCUCUUCUUUUUUUUUUCUUUUUUUCCCUCAUUGUGCAUUAUUUUGGAAUUAUGUGGCAUCCUUUUCACCCCAUUUCUCCUUAGAGCAUUAGUUGUAUAUUUUAGGCUGGGUAAUGUAAAUUAUGAAGGAGGAAUGGAUUUCGCAGGAUUUUUUUUUGUUCUCUUUUAUUGGCCUUAUGGCCCUGUUGAUUGUAUUCAUACCUGAGAGUGCAUAUAUUAUCACAUAUAAUUCAUUAGGUCUC